AUGAGGUCCUCCAUAAUCAGGCCGAGUAUCAUUGGACAAUACCCGUUGGCGAGGCAAUCUGAAUCAGCCUCACUUGGCCAGAUCCUUCUCAGCGGCUAUGGCCUGCCACAGAACCUCCAAGGAUGGAUGAUUUUUUUCAUCGUGAUCACUUCGUUGAUUGGUAGUGGCAUCUUCAGUACCGGCGGCCCUGCCAUCGAAGUCGCUGGACCUGGGGGAGCUCUGCUCGCACUCGUCAUCGUGGGUGAGCAAGGCUCCAUUGAUACACCAUCCUAUUUUGCGCUUACGUUUUGCGUGCUCAGGAAUUAUCGCGAUUUGUAUGGCGGAAGGCUUGAGUGA